CAUCGCCAUGGCCGCGCCGGGCGCCGCGCGGCGCCUCUACCGCCGCAUCCUGCAGCUGCACCGGGCGCUGCCGCCCGCCCUGCGGGACCUGGGCGACCGCUACGUCAAGGAGGAGUUCCGGAGGCACAGGGCGGCCGGGCCCGCCGAGGCCCAGCGCUUCCUGCGGGAAUGGGAGAACUAUGCAGCAUUGAUACAGCAACAAAUCGAUGAGGACAAACAAAACUUGAGAGAAAAGACUGUUUAUGGACUCCAGCUCACAGAAGAAAAACUUAAUGACUUCCGUGAUGAACAGAUUGGGCAGCUGAAGGAACUGAUGGACGAGGCUACCAAACCUAAUAAAAAAAUCACCAUUUCUGAAGACUCAAAAUACAAAACCUAAAAGAUUUUGAAAAUUGUUUUAUUACAUAUGGAAGCAUUUUGAAACUUCCUUUUCCCACUGGAGUUGAAUGUGGUUUCUGUGAAAUAAUGGUCGCUGCUGAUGCCAUAACUUCUCUGGCUAUUUGGCUUUUUGUGCAAGAAUAAAUAUAAAAUGGAAUAAUCACAACACUGCUAUUUUAAUUGCAGUAUUUUUUCUCCUUUAUUGUUUUCUCCUAAUGAAAGGUGAAGACUGAAAGAUUUCGGUAAAAGUAAAGUGACAUUUUUAAAAUAUAAAGUUGUUAGUUUUGUUUUGUUUUGUUUUUUAAUUUUGGCACCUGUAGGACAAAACAUCUUCCUCUUUGUGUAUCAUCCCCUUCCUUAAUGGAAAAGAUGCAGUUAUCAUUUAUUUUCUGGCUUGGAUUCAGCAGACAAAGGUAUGGUACUAGAGUCAGUUUGUUUUGAUGGAAAGAAAUGAGCAGUAUUAGGAAAACAUACUGCUGGGGAAAUUGGUUUUCUUCUUGAGCUUUAUUGUGAAAUGUGCUUAAAAGUAAAAGAUGUAGCUCACUAUUAAAUUAAUCUUGAAGGAAUCACUGUCUUAGGAAGAAAAUUCUGCAUUUUUUUCAAAGGUAGACUCAGAUCUUUGUUAAUACCUAAAAUUUUUAAAAGCCUUUUAUGAGUGGGUUGUGCUGUAGUUAGAAUUUAAAGGUUUUCUAAAAACUCGGUAUCCUAUAUUAUCCAGUAUUUGGUAUAGACCGGAAUUUGUAAAUACCUUCAGUUUCAAUCACAGAAAUUAUCCUGUUGAUAAUACUGCAUGACAAACAUUACUGUUUUAUUUCUAAUAGGUUAAGUCUUCAGUAGGACAAUGCUUAUCUAUUGUAACAUAUACUGUUGGGACUAAAGAAAGAUUUUUAUCUGUUAAGAAAAAACACAUCCUUUUCUCUGCAAAAGACAGCUUUCAUUUCUUCUUCCAAACCUAGUUUUAUAUUAUUAGUUUUGUUCUAUUUCUGAACCUUUCCCUGUCUGUUACCCACAGCGUUUUCAGGACAACAUAAUUUCUUUGCUCUUGAGGGAUAACAGCUUUGACAAGUAACCACAUUUCCAUCUGUCUCGGUUUGUAACAACAUGCUGUUCGCCAAAGCUGUGCCCCUGGAUCCUAAUGGGGUGGAGGAGCAAUCUGGGGAACAGCCUUUUUCUUUCUCCCUUAUCUCUCUUCCCAAUUCUUUGAUGGGAUUGUAGGUUGCAGGUUGCUCAUUUCUAUUAAAAGUUCAAUUGCAAGACUCCUGUGUGAGAAACACUUAUGCUUGCUUUCCUGCAUCUUCCUCUGGUACCCCUAGCCUUUGUUGCUUGUGCUGCAGGAACAUCCCUUAGCCUCAAGCACCUAAUCCAAGUAGGACUGAAGGGCAGAGAUGACACCCAGACUGCAAGGCUGAGGUUCACGAGUCCUGAUUUUUGGUGCUUCAGGGGCACGGUUGGAGAGAAUGGCAGCUCCCUUCUGGCCUGCUCUGUACCUAGGUCCUGCCACAGCAUCCAAGUGGGAAGCAGAUGGGACAUGCACGCAGGAAGCUUGAAGCAGUAUCAGUCUCUGAUACUCCCAUUUACACAUUGCUUAAGCUUUUUUCUUUUUAAAGUUCAAAGUCUGUGCAAGUCUAAUCCAACUCCGGAGUUGAGGACAUAAGGAUGUAUUCUGUUGCACUUCCAUCAGAUGUACAGUAAUCAGUAAUUGCAUCACUAAAUCUAUUCAGUUUUCAUACCAAAAAUGAUGUUUAGGUGUUGACAACAGAGUUUGUUUCCCUCCUUGACUGCUAGUACACAUGUGCCCGCUUUCCAGUCAAUAACCAAGUUGCUUCAAAUUUACUUCAAAUGCUGCAAUUUAAAGCACAGUUGCUUUUAUCAACACAUUUGAUGAAACUUGUUAGUUCAAUGAAACUAGAGUACUUGUUUUGCAUCUGUCUACUCAUGUAUGCACCUAGAUAAUGCACAUUUUUAGAGCCUAAAUUAAUAACGGAAAAUUGCUAUUUGGUAUGAAAAACUUAAGCAUAUAAUGAGAUUUAAAGGGAGUUGGAGGUGAGGGUAGACAUCUUAACAUCCGUAGUCCCUUUUCUAGUAAAUCCAACAGCUUUUUUCUUUCAUUCCCCCUGGUGGCUUGUAUUUUGUACAGUUUUUGUGCCUUGUUUAAAACAAGUCUUACAAAAGCCAAAAUUUCAUAAUAGGAAUGAAACAUCUUUAAAGGUUGUUGGUUUUAAGACAGCCAGUGCUAGUAGUAAGGCAUGCUCUGAUCUGAGUAGGGCUUAUGCAAGUGGUGGGCACAAAUGGCCCCAAAGAAGCUUCGUGAUGCCAACACUGCUGUGCUUAGUGAAAUUCUUUAAUUUACAAGAGUGGUUAAUGACAAGUUAAAGAAGAUGAAGAAGACAAUGGGCUUCUCAUCUUGGCCACAGAAAGACAAAAUGACACAGAUUCUUCUGUUUCUUUACUUGUGAGUUAUAGGAUACUUUCUGUGGAGAAUUUUACCCUGGGAUUGAAGGACAAUGAGCGGAGGAAAGCAUCCAUCAAAAAUACUUCAAAACUACAAGCAGCAUGCUAUUUCAAAUGGCAAAAGAGUUGUUUAGAAAAAAAAAGAUGCUACUCACCUUAAAAUGAAAAAUGACUCUGAUCACUUCAGAAAUGAGUAUAGAGUUUUGUACUCUCUGUGUGUUGGAUGGAUUGCUGUUAUACAACUCACCACUAAGAAGCUCCUACCACCCUAAAAAGCCUUCUCUCCAUUCAGUUUAUCCAUUAAGAAAGAUUCUUUAUAUUUUGUUGAUCUUAAAUCCAUUUGGCUCUUAUAGAACUAAAAGAGAGUGAUAAAAUUCACUGCUUGAUUUGACUGAACCUUAUCUGUGGUAACAUUUUAUAUAAUCGCCUGGCAACUGGUAGGAGUUGGAGGGUGCAGAAGUUUUAGGUAGCUGGGAAAGGCACGAACUGAAGUCUUAGCAAUAUGUAAAGAAAUUUUCAGAAAUUUCUGUCUUAUUAAAAAUUACAUGAUAUGCAAAUACAAAAAAAACCCCCUAAAAAUGUCAUUCUUCCAGUGUUUUAUUACGCUUUUUUAAACUGUCCAUCCAGGAAGAGCUAUUGGGACAUACUUCUUCCUUAAAAAUAAAUUAAUAAUGUAACAUAUUGAAAGUAGGAUUUAUGAAGAAAUUUCUCAGCUAUUUGGAGUUUAAUCUUUUUGAUUUAUUAGCGGACAUUCUAUUUCUUCUUCUUGGAUACGUAUUUAUGAGAUGCUGGCUAUUCACUGAGUCAGUGGCCAAAUUUUAACUGGCUUUUAGGUAAAAAUAUUGAACAAUUAAUGAAGGAAACAUGCCUUUCCCUGCAUGUUAUAACUUAUUUUAAUUUUUACUUUUUAUAGCUGAACUAAUAUAAGAGGGAAGGUUGAAUUUCUCAGCAGACUGAUUUACUCAAGUGCAACCACGGAGGAUCGAUGUACCUUUGAUGUAGGGUGAAAACUGAAUCACUUUAAAAAACAGCUCACAUUCUAGGGCAGAAGAUGUCUCUAAUGCUGUCCUGCUUAACUGUUGAUUUUCACACCUCUUGGAAAGGGUUUCAAGGUAAAUGCUUCCUGCUGGAGGGUAUAGAUGCACCAGCAGAGGUUUUGCAGGGCUUGUUUGGUGAACAAAACUGCCUGAACCACCUCCUGCUGCACCAUGUCCUGGUGUGGGACCAGGCUUGGUGUGCCAGUAUUUGAGAGCCUUACACUGAGCAAUGGUGGUGCAGAGAGGUCUUCCCCACUGAACUGCAUCAGGAAGCUUGCUGCAAAGAUUGGCACAAAUCAAGUGGUUGGUGUUAGAAGUGAUAACAUUUGCAGCUGUAAAUGGUCUGCUCUUGUUCACGGAGGUUACGUAUCUGAUGCAAAACCACUGGCUUUGGUAGGAACAUUUUCAGCAGUUUCAGUGUCCACAGCUCUGCUCUGGGAACAGUCUUGACAGUGCUGAGUCCUUCCAGCUUUUCCAGUGGUUUCUGUCUACCAAUUACAGCACACGAAGAUGACAGAAUUUAAUUUUGUUUGGAUGCAGCCAUUACAUAAGCAUAAUACAAAGUAUUCUUUGUUCAUUGAAAUUGAGAGUGAUAAGUCAGUGUGUAAAUUCAGUGUAUAAAUGACUAAGAACGGAAUGGUUUUGCCACUUGUAGCAGUGUGUUAUGAGUAAAUGUCAGGUGUUUCAACUAGCUUAUUUACAUGGUGUAUGAUCCUGCCCAACCGAUAUGUGUGUCUGGGGAGUUCAGUGUUUAAUCUGCUCUCUAACAAUUUCAAAGCUAGAACUUGAUACUAUAUAACAAGUAUCUUCAUUUAAUAAAAUGACCUUUAGUUACCGAA